CAUUUUCAUUCAUUCACAUCAAAAAUUUUAUUUUUAAGUUUCUUUUUUUAAAUGAGGAAAUUCUUAUUUUGUAUGAAAAUUGAAUCGGGCGGACUUUUUGUUGCCAUUUAUUGUGCUGUGACAAAUGUUGCUUAUGCUGUUGCACUUUUGUUGUUGUAUAAUUUUGUGAGAAUUACAAAGCAUGAUAAGGACAUGAUGUUUGUGGAUAAAUUGAAGGCAUUGGGCAUUGGUGCUUGUGAGAAUUUGAUUAUUUAUCAUACGAUUGGGACUGUUCUGCUUGGUAUUGGCAUUAGAAAGCGUAAGCCCAACCACAUCCUUUAUUUCUUCAAUUUCCACUUAUUUAUCACAAUUUUCAUCACCGUCUUUGGCUUUGGUUACUUUUACUCCAUAAAACCAGCAUUUUUCUUCCUUGUCUUGUUCUUCAUCGACAUUACCAUACGAAUCUAUAGUCUGUGCAUCCUUGAAACUAUUUACAAACUGUUCAAAGCUGAAACAAAAGAAAACGAGCUUAUUAAAAUGCGAGAAGAUACAAAAUUAACAUAUGGCGCAGUAGAUGAUGCCAAAAGCACCCCAUCACAUCAUGUAACAUUCACACUUAGUUCGUCGAAGGAUUCAUUGGAUUCAUCUGAUAUGGAAGAAAGUAGGGAUGAGCUAAGAAGCAUAUAUUGAGGGGUUUUGAGAGAAGCAAUCAGUUCUGGUUGCUUUUGGAAUGGUUAAUCUUGAAAUAUCAAUGUCUUAUCAGUGUAAACUAAAUGUGUGGCUUUAGAAUACAAUUUGUG